AACGGGAUGGACCACGUUUCGUACGUGUUUACAUGUAAACCGAUAUGCAACGUUCUUGUUUUCACCCACACGCUCGCUUGCAGACAUAAACUGUUACUACAACCAGAAGCCGGACACACUGGUUAGUCAUAAAUUACUUCGCUCAGUGCUGACUGCAAUUAGUAAUGUUUUCUAUCAAAAUUUCGAUACACAAGGACGGUCUCCAUAGGAUUAGUCGACUGCUUUCCACGUAGGGAUGGGGCCUGUCUGUAGCGAUUGGUUAAUAUUUUCCAUGGCCGAUUCUCAGCCAAUCGUGUUUAACCUAUAGCACGGGGCCACGCGACGACUGCGUGUUUUCGGUUCCAUGGACUACAGUCCCUUUGCGGCGCGCUGGUAGGCACGUGCUGGGAAACCGAAGUCAGCUUCGCAGUCGUCUGAAACAUUGCCUGUUUAUUGUCUCAAGCAACUUCAAAUCAUCCAGGCGAUAUAAGCAUUUAACCAGAGGGAGAAAUCUGCGUUUAAAAAGGACGUGACAGAAGCGGACUCGGUGACCAUGCCCUUGGUGUCCGCGUCGCGGUGUCACCAUGGUGACAACUCCAGAGGCUUGUACGAGGAGUCUUACGAGAGUGAUGCUUGCGGAGUCGGCUAUGUUGUCAACAUCGAUGGAAUCGCUUCUCACAGGGUCUUGCGAGAUGCUCAAACCAUGCUGGAGCGAAUGGAACAUCGUGGUGCCUGUGGUUGUGACAAUGACAGUGGUGAUGGAGCUGGUGUGCUCACUGGAAUCCCACACAAGUUCUUCGUCAAAGUCUUGCAUGCUGCUGGAUAUGACGGAGUGUUGCCUGAACCUGGGAUGUAUGCAACAGGUCUUCUGUUUGUUGAUCGGGCAACUGCCAAGCAGGCAGAAGCUACAUUUGCCUCGUUUGCGGAGAAAUAUGGUCUCAGGGUGAUUGCAACCCGUACUGUUCCAGUGGACAGCACUGCUAUUGGUCAGGUGGCCAGGUCUAAGGAACCACUUAUACGGCAGGUGUUUGUGACAGAUCCCAAUGGAGUGUCUGAUGUGAAUGCAUUCAAUCGCCAGGUGUACAUGCUGAGAAAAUAUUCUUCACAUCAUGUGCCCAAGACUGGUGUUAGAUUCUACAUCUGCAGUUUAAGCCCAUACACAUUUGUGUACAAGGGUCAGCUGAACACUCUUCAAGUGUGGAAGUACUUUCCAGACCUUUCAGAUGAAGAUUAUGAAACACACAUAGCACUUAUCCAUAGUCGCUUUUCCACCAACACCUUUCCCAGCUGGGAACGAGCCCAUCCGCAGAGAUACCUGGCUCAUAAUGGUGAGAUCAACACUCUGCGAGGUAACCACAACCUGAUGAAAGCUCGAGAGGGGGUGAUGCAGAGCUCAGUGUAUGGGGAACAUCUUUCAGACUUGUAUCCUGUUGUUGAGGAAGGAAUGUCCGACUCUGGGUGUGUGGACAAUGUCCUGGAAUUUCUGUGCAUGGCAGGUGGGCGGGAGCUGCCAGAAGCUAUGUUGACCAUGGUCCCAGAAGCAUGGCAGAAUGACAAGAACAUGACUGAAGAGAAAAAGGCAUUCUAUCGCUGGAGUGCAUUUGCCAUGGAGCCAUGGGAUGGACCAGCACUUCUGACUUUCACCGAUGGUCGUUACAUUGGUGCCAUUCUUGACCGCAAUGGCCUGCGCCCCUCACGCUACUAUGUGACUCGAGACAACUUUAUGUACAUGUCUAGUGAAGUUGGAGUGACUGACCGCAAGCCUGAGGAGAUCAUCCAAAAGGGACGUCUGAAGCCAGGACGUAUGCUCCUAGUGGACACAAAAGAAAAAGUUUUUAUAAAAGAUGACAUUCUCAAGGCCAGGAUUGCUACACUGCGCCCUGUAGGAAAAUGGCUGCAGGAAACAAUAACAAUGAAGGAGUUGCGAGCCAAUCACAGGCCAAAUGCUGUUCAGCGAAUAGCCAUUGCCUUGAGUGAGACAGCCUCCAUUGGAGGUUAUAUUGAGAAGGACCCUCGCAUGUCGUUAUACAAUUACACUAUGGAUAAUAUCAACUUGCUGGUUCUACCCAUGAUCAGAGACACGAAAGAAGCACUUGGCUCAAUGGGAAAUGAUGCACCUCUGGCCUGCUUGUCAAGCUUCAACCCACUAGUGUUUCUUUAUUUUAAGCAACUUUUUGCUCAGGUCACAAAUCCACCCAUUGACCCAUUCCGUGAAAAGAUUGUCAUGUCUCUGGCGUGCCCUGUAGGUCCUGAAUACAACAUUCUGGAACCCUCUGGAGAGCAGUGCAAACGACUUUGGCUUGAACAGCCAAUCGUAUCUCUGUGGGAUAUGGAAGUCCUCAGAUACACCACCCACAAGGGAUGGAAAUCCAAACAGAUUGACAUCGUGUUUCCAGUGACAGAUGGAGCAGAGGGUUUACUUCCUGCUCUCAGGCGAAUCUGCAAAGAGUCUGAACAAGCUGCCCGGGAAGGCUAUAUGCUGAUCAUCCUAUCUGACCGCAAUGCAGGUCCAGAUUUUGUGCCUGUCAGUUCAUUGCUGGCUGUGGGUGCAGUUCAUCACCAUUUGAUUGAUCAUAAACUUCGCUUGAAAGCUGGUCUCAUUGUGGAAACUGGAGAAGCCAGAGAGAUUCAUCACAUAUGCACUCUACUUGGCUAUGGUGCUGAUGCCAUUUGCCCAUACCUUGUCUUUGAAGUGGUUCGCAAGCUUCGUGACCAGGGUCUUCUUGACCCUCCACUUGCUAAUGAAGAGAUCUAUAUGAACUAUCGUGCUGCCUGUGCCCGUGGAAUCUCUAAGGUCAUGGCCAAGAUGGGCAUCUCCACUCUUCACAGUUACAAGGGAGCACAGAUUUUUGAAGCUGUGGGCUUGCAUCAAGAAGUCAUUGACCUAUGCUUUGAGGGAACAGCUUCACGCAUUGGGGGUGUAAACUUCAACAUACUUGGACAGGAGGCAAUAAAUCGUCAUCGCAAAGCAUUUGAGCUUCAUUGUUGUGACAACAUUUUGGUGAUGAGCCCUGGGCAAUACCACUGGCGAAAUGGAGGAGAAAAACACAUGAAUGACCCCCUCACAAUCGCCAACCUACAGGAUGCAGCCAGAAGCAAUAGUCGUGAUGCCUAUGCACGCUUUUCAGAAUCAUCCUGGAUGAGUGCACGAAAAUGCACACUUCGUGGUCAGUUGGACUUCAACUUCCUGGACAAACCUUUGGACCUGAAUGAGGUUGAGGAUGCAAAAGAGAUAGUCAAGAGGUUCUGUACAGGUGCCAUGAGUUUUGGCAGCAUUUCUCACGAGGCCCACACUACGCUAGCCAUUGCAAUGAACAAAGUGGGAGCAAAGUCCAACACAGGUGAAGGUGGAGAAAAUCCUGAUCGCUACCUAAACCAGGAUCCUGACUUUAACACCAGCUCAAAAAUAAAGCAGGUAGCAUCUGGCAGAUUUGGUGUGACCAGCUCCUACUUGACUCAUGCAGAGGAACUCCAGAUCAAGAUGGCACAGGGAGCAAAGCCUGGGGAGGGAGGAGAGCUACCUGGAUACAAGGUGACCAAGGAUAUUGCAAAGACUCGACAUUCCAUUCCAGGGGUGGGAUUGAUCAGUCCUCCACCCCAUCAUGACAUCUAUUCCAUUGAGGAUCUGGCACAGCUCAUCUAUGACUUGAAGGCAGCCAAUCCUCAAGCUCGGAUAAGUGUGAAAUUGGUGUCAGAAGUGGGUGUGGGUAUUGUAGCAUCUGGAGUUGCCAAGGGCAAGGCAGAACACAUCACUAUAUCAGGUCAUGAUGGUGGUACAGGAGCCAGCAGCUGGACUGGCAUCAAGAAUGCUGGGUUGCCAUGGGAACUCGGCAUUUCAGAAACACAUCAGACUUUGGUGAUGAAUAAUCUACGCUCUCGAGUCGUGCUUCAGGCUGAUGGACAGAUUCGUUCUGGCCGAGAUGUGGCUAUUGCAGCCAUGCUUGGAGCAGAUGAGUUUGGUUUCAGCACUGCUCCACUAAUUGUUCUAGGCUGCACCAUGAUGCGCAAGUGUCAUCUGAACACUUGCCCUGUUGGGGUUGCAACGCAGGAUCCAGUUCUGAGGAAGAAGUUUGCUGGCAAGCCAGAAUAUAUGGUGAACUUCGUGUUUCUGCUGGCUGAAGAGGUACGCCAGCUGAUGGCCCAAUUGGGAUUCCGAACAGUUCAGGAAAUGAUUGGGCGCACAGAUAAACUACGCUUUGCUCCAGAUCCAGAAAAUCCCAAAGCACAGACACUUCAUUUUGAACGGAUUCUCAAGAAUGCACUUGACAUCCGCCCUGGGACAAACAUAGUUGGUGGUUCAGUGAAUCAGAUUCACGAUCUUGAACAGCGCCUGGACAAUGAGGUCAUUGAGAAAGCAAAAAAUGUGAUUGAGGGUCGAGAGAAGCAAGUCAUUAUUGAUCUGGAAGUUCACAAUGUAGAUCGAACUUUUGGUGCCACCCUUUCCAAUUACAUUUCCAAGCUUUAUGUGGAAGAGGGCCUGCCUGACAGAAGUAUCAUCAUCAACUGCAAGGGUUCAGGAGGACAAAGUUUCUGUGCUUUCCUUGCCAAAGGUGUGCAUGUGACCUUGGAGGGAGAUGCUAAUGACUAUGUGGGAAAGGGUCUGUCAGGUGGAGAAGUGGUCAUCUACCCACCAAAGGACAUGCCCCCAGACUUCAAGUCAGAAGACAACAUCAUUGUCGGCAAUGUUUGUCUGUAUGGUGCCACCUCAGGCAAGGCCUUCUUCUGUGGGCAAGCUGCAGAGCGCUUUUGUGUCAGGAACUCUGGUGCCACUGCAGUUUCUGAGGGAUGUGGUGACCAUGGCUGCGAGUACAUGACAGGAGGACGUGUGGUAGUACUGGCUUUAACCGGUCGAAACUUUGCAGCUGGCAUGUCUGGAGGCAUCGCAUAUUGCUAUGAUGGACUGAAACGUUUUCACCAGCUGUGUAACCAGGAAUCAGUGGCACUGGAAGUGCUUGAAGAGCAAGAGGAUGUGACCUUUGUGCAUGACCUCCUGGUGGAGUUCCAGCAGAAGACUGGCUCCAAGCUUGCUCGUAGACUCCUUGAUAACUGGGUGGAAGAGAGGAAGAAUUUUAUCAAGGUCUUUCCUCAUGAAUACCGCCGUGCGCUGCAAGAUCUUGCAGAAGAGGUUGCAGAAAAGGCUGCUGCUGCAGCAGAAGUGGAGAGGCUGCGUAAGGAGAAGGAGGAGAAGGAGGAGAAGGAGAGGCUGGAACUGGAAGCCAAUGAAGAGAUUGAGGACUACAAGGAGACAAGACAAGAGUCGCUGGAUAACAUGUACGAUGAAGAUGUCAUCAACGAGCUUGGGGAGGAUGGAAAAGAGCCUACUGAGGAGGAGGCAGGACCAGAAAAAACUGUAGUGGACAUUGAAGAGACUGUCCCAGAUACUACACAAGAACUUGAGCACAUUGAUAAAAAAAAUCUUGACAAAACCAGAGGCUUUGUAAAAUACAAGAGAGCCACCUACCAGUAUCGUAAUGCCAAAGAGAGAGAGAAUGAUUGGGGUGAGAUCUACAACCACAAGAUUGUCAGGGAAGGGCUGCGUGUACAGGCUGCAAGGUGCAUGGAUUGUGGAGUUCCUUUCUGUCAGUCCCUUUAUGGCUGUCCACUUAGUAAUCUCAUUCCAAAGUGGAAUGAUUUGGUUUUCAAAAAACAAUGGAGAGAGGCCCUUGAUAACCUUCACCAGACCAACAACUUUCCAGAGUUCACAGGUCGCGUCUGUCCAGCACCUUGUGAGGGAGCUUGUGUCCUGGGCAUCAACUCACCCCCUGUGACUAUCAAGAACAUCGAAAAUGCCAUCAUUGAAUAUGGCUUUCAGCAUGGCUGGGUCAAGCCUAGACCACCACAUGUACGCACUGGCAAAAAAAUUGCCAUUGUUGGCAGUGGACCUGCUGGAUUGGCAGCUGCAGCACAGCUUAACAAGGCUGGUCACCUGGUUACAGUGUAUGAGAGAAACAAUAGAGUUGGUGGUCUUCUGCGCUAUGGAAUCCCAACAAUGAAACUAAGUAAAGAGGUGGUAGAGAGACGCAUUCAGUUGCUGGCUGCAGAAGGUAUUGAAUUUAAGGUGAACACAGAGGUGGGGAAAGACAUCAAAGCUGGAGACCUGUUGGCGGAGAAUGAUGCUUUGCUGCUUGCCCAAGGUGCAACAUGGCCAAGGGACCUCCCUAUCCCAGGUCGACAUUUAGAAGGUAUCCACUAUGCCAUGAACUUCCUGGAAACUUGGCAGAAACAGCAACAUGGGGAUAGCAUUCCUUAUAUCUCAGCCAAGGACAAGGACGUCAUUGUUGUAGGGGGUGGUGACACAGGUUGUGACUGUAUUGCUACAUCCCUACGACAGGGUGCCAAAAGCAUAACAACAUUUGAGAUCCUACCAGAGCCACCUCCUUCACGAGCCUCCAAUAACCCCUGGCCCACCUGGCCCAAGAUCUUCCGCGUAGACUAUGGUCAUGAAGAGGUGCAGAUGAAAUGGGGUCGUGACCCACGCAUCUUUGAGAUAAAGAGCACAGAGUUCUUAGAUGAUGGAAACGGCCAUGUUUCCGGAGUGCGCACUGUGAAGAUUGAAUGGAAGAAGGAUGCGUCUGGCCGCUUUAUGAUGCAGGAUGUAGAAGGAUCUGAGAGAGUGUUCAAGGCAGAUCUAGUACUCUUGGCAAUGGGCUUUGUUGGACCAGAAACUAAAAUAAUAGAGGAGCUGAGCGUGGACAUUGAUCCACGUGGAAAUGUUGCUACGCCAAAUGACAAAUACAACACUUCCAUUCCAAAGUUGUAUGCUGCUGGAGAUUGCCACCGUGGCCAGUCACUUGUGGUCUGGGCCAUAUCUGAGGGCCGACUGGCAGCUCGCCAGAUCGACUUGGAUCUGAUGGGCAAGACAAGUCUUGCAGGCCCAGGUGGUAUUGUGAAGGUAGUCUAAGUGUGUCACUAGACAUGGUCCCGGUGUGCAGAUGUUGCCCUCGUUUAACCUGGAUGCUCAGUGCGGAACACAUGUAGACAACAUGACUUACAGACCAAGAGGGCCAACUUUUAGACAGAGCAUCAGAUGGACAUUUUAUUGUGAUCUAUGGGAUUGUCAGUAGUAAAGCUGUAAUACUUGUCAGAAUCUAGUGAUGGAUGGAUGUCGCGUAACGCGAAGGUGGUUCAUGACUGAUCGGGCGUUGCGGGACUCGCUCUCUCACAUGCACACUCGCAAUUACACAGACAAACCCCCGCGCACCCUACGCGAGCAACGAAGCCAAUCACUCCUCAGUGGACACAAAGUGACAACACAAAACUAAAAUUUAUUGGCGGUCGUAUGGUGCAACCGCAAGCUCAAAUAUAUAUAUAAUUUAAAAAUAUGGAAGAAAGGAUAGAAAAAAAUAAAACAAAACCCCUGUUAUACAGGUGGCCAAACAAAACAAAUAGGGGAGAGCCCCACCAUAACACACACGCACCCCAAACAAAAAACAAAAGAGACGCGGCCCACAACUGUCACCACAGUUCAAAGGGUUAAUCCUCCCCUUCCAGGCCACUGCCUGAGUCACCCGCCGAACACAGGCCGUCGUUGCGACUCGAGUCUCGGGGCUUGGCCAACAGUCCGGUAGCACUUCAGGUCUGCUCACACGCAGGUGGUUAACUGCACCUCGUCCUCAGUGUGCUGACUGACUGCAGUCCGUCAAUCCUUCGACUGUGUGGUGGCUUUUCGCUCUGUUUGAUCGAGUGAUCCCGUGGUUGAGCCUUUCUCAUUCUUCUGCAGCGUGCUUCUUCGUCCCACACACACCAGCACGAGGACACACAAUCCCACAACCCCCGGGUAGACCAUGGUGGUCCUUUUCCCCGACAAGACUUGUGGUCAGCCCCAAAAAAGAAGUUUUGUUUAAUAGUCCCAGUGUUUCGGCAUGUAGGUGCCUCUACUCGCCUUGUGCCACUCACCUCGCAUACCGCUGCAGCAAGCAACACGCGACAAAUCUCCACCAUCCCCCAAGAUGGAGCAUCGCGACAUAAGAAUCCACGCGUGGUGCUUGCACACCCUGAGACAUAAAAUUCUACCUCUAACCAGCAUAAGAACAAGAUUACUAGACAACUCCGGAAAACAACUGCCAUACAUCCGGCACCCUCUACAUUACUCGGGAUACGGGCCUGAUGUGCACACGCCGCACCUCCCGGUGGGGUAGGGGGGUACUCUGACGGCCACCGCUCUCACCUCCGCGGCCUUUCUCGCGAUCGGGCGUUGCGGGACUCGCUUUCUCACAUGCACACUCGCAAUCACACAGACAAACCCCCGCGCACCCGACGCGAGCAACGAAGCCAAUCACUCCUCAGUGGACACAAAAACGCGACAACACAAAACUAAAAUUUAUUGGCGGUCGUAUGGUGCGACCGCCGGCUCAAAAAAAAUAUAUAAUAAUAAUAAAAAAAUAUGGAAGAAGGGAUAAAAAUAGUCCGUCGUUGCGACUCGAGUCUCGGGGCUUGGCCAACAGUCCGGUAACACUUCAGGUCUGGUCACACGCAGGUGGUUAACUGCACCUCGUCCUCAGUGUGCUGACUGACGGCAGUCCGUUAAUCCUUCGGCUGUGUGGUGGCUUUUCGCUCUGAUCGAGUGAUCCCGUGGUUGAGCCUUUCUCGUUCUUUUUGCGGCGUUCUACUUCGUUCCACACACACCAGCACGAGGACACACAAUCCUACAACCCCCGGGUAGACCAUGGUGGUCCUUUUCCCCGACAAGACUUGUGGUCAGCCCCAAGAAAAGGUUUUGCUUAGUAGUCCCAGUGUUUCGGCAUGUAGGUGUACUCCCUCUCGCCUCUACUGCAGCAAGCAACACGCGACAAAUCUCCACCAUCCCCCACGAUGGAGCAUCGCGACAUAAGAAUCCACGCGUGGUGCUUGCACACCCUGAGACAAAAUUGCAGCGCUCUACUACGUCCCACACACACCAGCACGAGGACACACAGUCCCACAACCCCCCGUGUAGACCAUGGUGGUCCUUUUCCUCGACAAGACUUGUGAUCAGCCCCACCUCGCAUACCGCUGCAGCAAGCAACACGCGACAAUGGAAAGCUGCCAAACUUAAGUUUCAAGUUCUUCCCUCCCAACAAAUAGCUUUUGCAUGCAAAUACUAUCCUGAUUAAGUAAUUUCAAGUUGUUUGUAAGGGAUCACAGUCGUAAUUUGUUUGCCAACGAAGAAAGUAUUUACGCUUUGCUGAAGGUUGGAUCAUGUCUGAUGUGUUUGCUGUUUGAUGUUUCAUGUUAAAACAGGGGAUGCUCAUUUGACAUAUUGUCCAGAUGAGUAUCUAUUGUAGAAUGUAGCAUGUCGGUUAGAAGUCUAAAAUAGACAUCAGCAAGUUGUUGGGCUUAAAAGCAGCAGUUAUAUUCCAUUAAAUAAAUAAUAAUAUUGCAUAUCACAUUCUUAACUAAUGGCAAUUUGAUGUUACUUGUGUGAUGGUAAGUUGUGUAUAGCUCUUGGUUCCCAUGAGUCUGUUGGUUUAUGGAGAACAGUUGUGCAUUACACUCAUGUGUAUAGACUUGUAAUUAAAAUGUUUGAUUUUUAAUAAUUAGCAUGAAUGUAACCUAAUGUGGCUGAACAGGUUGUGACAUUUCAAACACUGUUUUUUGCUGAGGUUCAGAAGCACAGAAUGUUUUGGGCCAAUGCAUAACUGUGGAGCAGGUCAAACGGUUUGAGAUUUCACCAUGAAACUUCUUGUCAAUUUUUUUUUUAUUAUUAUUAGUGAUGUCCUUUGAGUUUUUUGUGGAAAAUCUCCACAGUACAGACUCUGUACAUACUGUUUCAUGCUUUUUUGUUAGCUGGUUCUGUGGAUACAGUGGAACUCUAGUUAUCUGAGAAGGGUCUGUAGAUAUGUGUACUGUUUUACUGCCAUCUCUGGAUGGUUAUGUAGAUAUGCUAAUACUCUGUUGCUGUUUUAGAAGAUCCUGUAGAUAUGCCCCGUGCUGUUUGCUGUAAUCAGGACGACUGUAUAGUCUAACUUUCUGUAAAAACAAAAGUAGAUAUUCACUGUUGAUAUCAAGAUUGCUCAUCCAUGAAAAAAUUCUUGCGAGCUAAUGAGACUUCUUCAGAUGUGUCACAAUAUUUUCUUUUUUUAUUGUUGUUAUUUAAAAAUUCUCUUUCUUGUCACAGCUAGUAUUUUUCUCUACAUAAAACUUUUAAACAAGAAAACAUCAUAUGCAUAUUACAAAGCAAGAUCAAUUUAGGAUUACUUACAAUAGAAUGACAUAAAUUUGGAUGCCAGGAUUCACAAUGGCUUGCACUAAUGGCAUAGCUGGUCACACAACUCAGUUUGGCAAAUGUCAGGUUUAUCUUUGUCAUGGCAAGGAGCAGAAUAAUGCCAUCCUUUGCUUCAGCUGUGACUUCCCCACAUGGUGAUAUGUGAAGAAGAAAAGUAUCUAUUAUCUAACAGGACUGCCAAGGUUUAACCAUGAGAUUCAAGCUGCAGAAAGCGUAAUCUGCAUGCCUUAACAUUAGUAUGUAGCUCAGAGUGGUAAGUUGAGCUCAGAGGUGACAAGCAUAUGAACAAAACCCCCAAGGAAUCCACAUAGAUUGGAAACUCACAGCUGGUUUUGGCAUCCAAAGAGCUACUGACCACCAUAAGAAACUGAAGAUAAGGGUGUUCAUGAGGAUUCAACUUGCCUGAAGGAUGCCACGCCUUGCCUGCAACAAUGUUACCAGUGAAGCACAGACUGCAUUUGAAAUCGCACAGCCCUGUUGACCUGCUGAGAGAACCUUCCCCAUUUUUCAAGAGGGGCAUUAAAGAUUUCUCUGGGUAAUGACAGUUUAAUGGAGUAACACCUUUUUUAACACCUAGCACCUGAAUUGUUUUUUUCUUUUUCUGUUGUCUUCCAGCCAGCAGUUUUGUAUGCACUGAAAUUUAAUUUGAUUUGGAUAUAAUGUCUGUGAAAUAGCUCGGCACCAGAUUGUGCAUUCGUGAGUGGACACUCAGGAAUAGAGCCAAGCUCUAAGAUACUUGCUUUCCUUUCGAAUUCUCUUUAUAAGAGUAAAUCAAGCUGCUGAAUAAACAGCAUCUUAGCAUUGACUUAGUCCUGGAGUCAUUAUCAUUUUUGUUCGAUCAGACAUUGUUCUUGUUCCUGACAUUUAUAAAUCUGUAUAUACUUCAUAUUACCAUAUUUGUCAUGAGGCUGGUUUAUCUCUUUCCUUACUCCUCACAUUCUUUUGCUCAUUAGAAUAUUGUAAAGUUGCCAGAAUGUUGUUUCUGUAAAUAGCCAGUGCUUGCUGAGGAGUCAUUUUUAUAGUGUGGCUUAAACACUAGCAGAUGUGUUAAGUGAUUAACAAUCUUGUAUUGAUUUACAUACUACUUAGCAGGCUUUAGUACUUUUUUUUUCAUUCCUUGUAACAAAAGUUAAGUGCUUGCACCAAUUAUUGUUUCAAAACUGACAGUAAUCUACCACAUUCACACUUGCUCUUUCAACUUUCAAUGUCAUUUAGUCUUAUAAUAGCAACCAUACGUAUUAGACAUUAUUUUACACAUCUUUGGAGUUAGUGCACAAUGCUGUAUCUAACAACCAAAGAGUGCAGUGGGCACCUGAAAGAAUAUUUACCAAGACUUUACACAAAGUUUACAAGACUUAACAAAGGCUUACACCAAAGUUACAAAGAAUACCCUAACAAUGCCCUUGGUCAUUAAGAAUUGCUUAGUCAAGUUAGAUGGGUGUUAAGUGUUGCCUUAAGUUGCACACACACACACUGUUAUUACAUGGUCCAUAAUCUCUAUCACAUUUACACCUAUUCAUAGUGAAGACAUACUUAACAAAGGGUUUUGAUUGCACUGGAUCACAUUUUUUCCAGUGAACAUUUUAUUUCACUAAAACUUUUCAAGUUAUGCAUUUUAAUUCCAAUUUUACAUACCAGCAUCUUUAUACCCACAGACAUUCUGGGGUCACAAACAUGCAUCAAUAAAGUAAACAUGUGAUCACAAUGCCAUUGUGAUGUUAGAAUAGACUGCCAUUUAUUUUAUUUGCUUCAUCUGUCAGUAUGGACGAUGAUUAAGUAAAAAACAGAAUUUCUGUUAUAAAAAACUGGGUUGGAUUCAUAAAAAAUCUAGUUUGUAAAUGGUGAUUACUUGAAACUGGAAAGACUGUUAAUUAAAGUGAGGAAAUGUC